UGUUCUGGAAGUCUUUUUCUUCUCAGUAAAGGGAAUUGGGGUCAUGAUGACUGCAGGCUGUGGAAUUAAGUAUUAAGGUCCCCCAGAAUUUGUCAGCAGACAGUCAGGUCAGAACUGAUCUCCAGAUGUCAAUCCUGCUAAUAUAAGAAGAAUUUAAUAUCUUUUGCACUUUAAGCAUAGGAGACAUGAUGCUUUACAGUCUUAAGUCUGAAUUAAAUGGCACCUUCCUACUUCGUCAUAUUCCAGCUUUAGUCUGGAUGGAAGCCCUCACGUGCCCCAUGGUUCUGGUGUCCUGUAGAWGCUGAGCUGUGGCCCUGAGAUCACUACAAACAGAAAACACUUCAGUUGCUUUUGCCAAGCACAGUUACUGCCUCUCCUGACAGAGCUGGAAGGAGGCACAUGCAGGAUCUGAGCAGGUUCAGAGGACAGGAUCUGUGCUGUAGACCAGGCCUAAGGGUGGCCCAGACUCUCUGUGCUAACCAGGUAAUUUGCUCUUUGCCUAGUUUCCCUUGUUUUGGUUCAACAUGCCUGCGAUCCUGAAGGGCUGGAUGGAUAGAGUCUUGGUCCAAGGCUUUGCUUACGAUUUGUCAAAGGCUUAUGAUGGUGGUUUGCUCCAGGGCAAAUUAUCCCUGUUCUCUUUCACCACGGGAGGAGGCCAAGAGAUGUAUUCAAAGCAAGGUAUCGGUGGUGAUAUUCGCUAUGUCCUGUGGCCCAUGCAGCAUGGAAUCAUGCACUUCUGUGGUGUCAAAGUCCUUGAACCUCACAUCUGUUAUGCUCCAGAGAAUGUCUCUGAGGAGAAGAGGAAGGAGAUGCUGGUGGCCUGGACCCAGCGCCUGAAGACUCUUUGGAAGGAAAAACCCAUAGACUGCUCUCCUGAGUGGUAUUUCAAGUAGUCUCCAGGUACAAGACUAUGGAGAGAAGAUUUUUUUCUCCAUUCUUUUUCAUGUUCUAUCUAAAUACCUGAACAUUAAUCUCCUAAAUCAAGUAUAUUUUAAGAAUCUUGAACACUACAGCUAGCAGUUUAACUGACAAUAUAGCAUUUAUCUUCACUGAUUCCCAAAGGAUUCCCUUCAAGGAUGGGUGCAAUACAUUUUAUGAAGCUCUCCUUGCUCACAUAAACAUAAUGUCAUCCUACCUCCUUGUGAUUGAUAACACAUGUGGUAUUUCACAACAGAUUAUACCAUGGUUGUGAAAUACUAAAGUCCAUGUUAUAUUGACACAUUUUAUACCAGUGCCAAGUUUUUUUCCUUGACCAGGAAAUAUGGUGACCACAACCAAUUUGCUAUUCAAAAGCCCUAGACUGGUUGUGAGAGAUCUACACUUGUGCCUUGGAGUUAUGCAAUGAGGUCAUGAGUAAUGCUUCAAAGGAUGUGCCCAGUGUCUCAAACAGCUGGAAAGCCUUGUGGGCAGCCUUAGGCUUUUACACACAUUUACAAAGCAAUCGUAAAGCUGUAACACAUAACAAAAAAGGGAAAAAAUAAAUGCAAAUUUCAUGUAUUGCUGUGUGCAUGAAUUGCCUUCUUUUGUAGACUACAGCUCCUAUUUGUAAAGUAUGCAGGCUUCCCAUAACCCAAGCAGAGAGAAAAAGGAAUUUUAGCUGCUUCCUAACCCCUCACACCAGUCAGUGGUGGCGUUUGGGUCUGGAAGGUGUUUGCUUCCUCUCCAGCAUCGGUGUCCAUGGGCUUCCCUGGAAAUCUCCAGCACCAGCAGCUGGAGAGGCAGAGCACCAACCCAAAAACCUGCAGAGCAGUGUCUGUCUGUAGGCCAGGAGUUAUGGGACAAAAGGAUUGUCUGGAUCUUAACAUCCAGGAUUUUUACCUGAAACUGUAGUGGGAUUAUUUUUUAUGCUUGAGACCUCGUGAGGCCUCUGUUUUUUUCUAUGGCAAGGGGUGGGUUUCUCACUCAGCUACUGAAUUUCUUGCUUUGAUCAGCUGACUUAAACUGCUGCUCUUGCACUUUGAUAUUAAAAGAAUGUGGCCUCAAUAAGAACCCAUCUCUUGGUCACUGCCAAAUGACACCUAGGCCUCCGUGUGUCUGCCAUACCUUCUUAGUGCCAGUCUCACAGUUCCUGAAGGGCUAUUUGGAUAAUAAACAGGCCGAACUCAGACUCUGGAGUGGCAGUGUAAGCUGAUACACCAGACUGGCAAUUGCCACUGCAGGGAAAGGGUCAUAUGUUGCUGUUUGCUCCCAUAUGAAGUGAAGGGCUACACCUAGAAGCGACAUUUCCCAGGUGGCAGAGCUGCCCCAAGGGGGUGCUGAUGUCUUCUGCAGAGCAGCAGAAGUCCUUAGGUUACACAAGCAGGAAAUUUGCUUUGACUCGAUAGCUCUGUUAUUAGGAAAAGGAAAGUGAAAGGUGAGAAGAGGAAGAAAAUGUUACACAAUGAAGUUGUGGGGAAAGCASAGUCAUGCCUGAAAGACUCAAGGAAAACAACUUUAAAUUACCUGAAGAGAAAUUAGAGGACACAUUUUUAAACUGCAUAGAAGAGAAAUCAUCCUAUAUUCACUAUAUUUACUUAGCAGACUAUUCAGUGGAGAAGGCAAUUGAGAUGAAAGCAGAAGUUCCAACUGUCAAGCCAGUGUUAUUGCUUUGGAUCAAUUGCAGAACUUAGUGGGUUAAACUAAAAGAUGAAGAAUGCCAGACUGACCUGUAAGUUGAGGAUCCUCUGCUUGACACUAUUUGGCAGAUGCAUGUCAGCUCCCACCCACAUGGUAGCACAAAGUGCCUGUAUUAACCUGGAUAUAUGUAGUGUAAGUACCCAUGGCAGCUKUGUAAGGUCAGAACAAGGAGCCUGAAAUCCUGAGUUUUUUGUCCACAGUKGUUAUAGGCCAGUAWGAGCAACUUCCUUUGAAUAYUGUCCUUGGCUCUAACRCUAUUUGGUUUUGGGGGUUUCCUGAGAUACAGAUUUUUUUCUAUAUUUACAAAAUCAGAUAAUAAAUAUCUGCYCUGAAUUUUGUACACAUUCUCUUGAAUUCAUGUUAACUUGAAGSAGCCAAAAUAUUUUGGCAAAAUUUAGCAGCUCAGCUUUUUCCUUGCAUGAAGCAUUGGAGUGAGGAGGGAGCCUUGGGAGGGGAAAGCAACUUUUUCCCAAUAGCUCUGUUUGAAUUCUCCCAGUGAACAGUAAUAAUCAGUCCCAUCUGUUAGUGCUCAGAGUUAUCAGUCACAUAUGUUAGUGUAGUUAUGAGUCACCUCCCCUCCUAACAAAUCUCCUCCCCAGGCCAUGGAAUCCUCUCCUGCUCAGUUCUUUCAAGAAAAGUCACUGACUGGCCCCUGGCCACCCUUGCUGCUCUUCUCUGAGCUCCUCUAGUUUCUCUGUCCUGUUAAUGAGGGGUGUGUAUGCAGAAGUACAUGCUGAGUCAACUCUCUAACUUUUAGAAUCACAUGACAUUCUCUGCUCCUUUCCUAAUAAUUUCUGACAUAUAGUUUGCUUUAGCUGAUGUUUUCCUCUUUUGUAACACCAGAUGUUGGCCAUCCAUGAURAUGAUCAGCUCAGGGCCCAUUAUUUUGUGCACCAGUUUAAGGUAAAUUUUCUUCUUGUGUGCACCCAUUUAAUAAUUUCAAUUUCACUUUGUCUCAUUACCCAGUCAACCAUUAUUCCAGAACUCUUCAAAAUCAAUUUCUUUUCAGAUCUCCUCAGAAAACUCUGUAAAGGUAGCAGAAGACUCUACAAAUUUUCCAGUGGUGCAAUGAAAUCUGCAAAUUUAAUCCUGCUGGUWAUAAAACCAGCUAUAUGUAAAAUGCCUUUUGUUUUUUUAAGACUAUGUAUUAUCAUUUUUGUCCAUCAAUUUUAAUAUGAUGGCUGAGAUGUUUAGUACAAAGUAUGUUUGGUUGAGAUGAAUGCAAGUUUCAUUUAAAGUAAAAACAAUGAGCUUAUUAAAUUUUCAUUAGUACUAAAAUUGAAGACUUCWGCUCACAUAAAUUCAUUAUUGUGAAAAGCACCAAAAAUGUACCAAUCUUAUUGUCCAUUUCAAGAUAACCUUUCCUUCUCAAUUAGAAUUAAAAAAUCUCACUGUAAAUUCAGAUUGCACUUCUAGAUCGGUUUAUUUUCCCUAUUCAUUUAAUGAAGGGCAACAUUGACCUUUAAGCACAUAUAAAUAAAUGACUAUUUCUUUCUUUGCUUAGUGCUUGUUGGUAAAUCA